CUUCCUCCGUCCUAUUUCGGCGAUCUCAAAAGGAGCGGAGCACAUGGAAAUUGCGGCAUGCCUUCGUUUGUUGUUUAUUGCUGAGGAUUCUUGAGGGUUUGUCCUCGGAUCGGCGCCGUUCGUCGGUGGGCGCGUCACGAAACCCUAACCCGAAUCUAUCCCCACCCCUCGGUGCGUCAGAGGUGACGCCUUUGGGGACCUAGGUGCCAUCUCUGCUUUUGCUUUCUUCCUUUCGACCACCUCCUCUGUGGGUUUCUUUGUCGGUGGAAAGCUCGGUUCCUCCGCAUUGCGCGUCGAAAGGUUUGGCCUUUAACGAUUCCCAAGUUGUUCGAUCGGGAAAGUUUUCGCUUUUUUUGUGGAUCCUUUUAUUCUGGAGAUAAAAGACGCCAUAGCUUUGAUUUUCCUCCGCGCUGCGUCGAAAGCUUAGGUCUUUCUCGGUUUCCAAGUUAUUCUAUUCGGAAAGUUCUCGCCUUUUUUGUGGGUCCUUUUGUUCUCGAGAUUAAAGACGUCUUUUCAUUGAUUGUUCUCGGGAAAUAUGAGAAAAGAGACUGUUUUUGGAUCGCGGCUACUGCUUGAUCUCGGAAAGAUUUCGACUUGGAGCCUUCUUAAUUGAUUGCGUCGCCCAAGGUUCGAUUUUAAGAGAAAAAUCGAAACGUUGUCCCUCUUUUUUUUGGUUGGUUGGCCAUGGAGAUUAUGAUGCCUGCGUGUUGGCUACUUCCCCAUAUCUUUGCAGCGUUUUCUGUGACAUAUCUGCUCGGUUACUUCGUGAUCUUCCGCAACUGGAAUCCAAAGUAUCGCCCGGAUGCAUCUAGUUGCUUCAUCUCCUUGUUCCAUGGUUCCCCGGCGGUGUUCUUGGCUGUUGCCGCAAUCCUGAACCAACCUGUUCGAGGAUUUGCCUCGCCCAAUACCAAUUUCCAGAACCUCGUUCUCGACUUCAGCAUUGGCUACUUCACUGUUGAUCUCCUCCACUACUUAAUCUUAAUUCCCGGAGACUAUCUCUUUAUCGCCCACCACCUGGCAACACUCUUCGUGUUCGUCACCUGCCGUUACCUUGUUGUCCAUGGUGCAUUUUCUAUUCUGGUUCUUCUUGUGCUAGCCGAGGUCACCAGUGCUUGCCAGAACGUGUGGACGCUUGCCGGGUUAAGGAAGGCAGAUUUGCCCAUUGCUGCAAGAAUACAUAAGAAUUUGUCUCCUCCCUUCUAUGGCUUGUAUACGAUCAUGAGGGGGUUCAUUGGGCCGGUGUUCUUCUGCAAGAUGAGUGCAUACUAUUUGAGUGGAAAAGCCAGCAAUGUCAUUCCGAUCUGGGUUUCUGCUGCGUGGAUCGUGGUGGUUGGUGGUGCAAUUUUGGUCAGCAUCAUGUGGAUAUCUAACUUGUGGUUGCAAUUCUUUAAAGACGAGAAUGUAGAGAAAAAAGAUAGCUAAUUGUAUGCUAUCAAUCCAAUAUAUUGGCAACCAAGACCGGUAUAUGCCUUGAGAGAACAGUUAAUUUUAUGGUUGAUGAUAUAACGCAUAUCUGCUCACUUUAGAUUAAAAUGAACAUUAAUAUAGAUCAUAAUUGCAAAGUUUCUACUUG